ACCGUGGCCACCGUUGCGCAGCACGUGCUGCUCGACCAGUGUCCUUUAAUAGGUAUGCCGAUUCCAAGUCGAUUCCCGCCAUCAACGGCGAGCAUGAGAUGGAUGCGCUUCUCUCCUUCAAUUUUUUGGUCUUGGGGAAGGCGUGGCACAUGCUGACCUUUCCUUCACGGGCAUAGGUGGAAUGGUGAAUGCCAUCCUCAUCUUCAUCGUCUUCCUCAUCGGACUGCCGGCCAUGGUCAUGCCCAGCAGUACGACAUGGCUACGGGUACACGCGGGGGGCAUCAUCCUCUGUGCCAUCUUCACCUUGAUCCUGGGGCUGUUCAUCUGGUUCGAUACCCUGACGACGAGGUCGAAGUUAGAAUUCAUCUGGGGCAAGGAGACGCCGCAAGUCCAGAGCUUGUUGCAGCAACGGUUCAAUUGCUGCGGCUACACGAACUCGACAUCCCCGCCGUUCAUUCAGGACAGCGUCUGUCCGAAUGCGUUUAUCGCGGCGCAGAAGCAAGGUUGUGUGGCGGACUUCAGCAACUUUGCCAACGGGUACCUUGAUAUCAUCUUCACGGCGGCUUUUGGCCUAGUUGCUCUGGACGCGCUGCUCGUCCUAUGUGUUGCAUGCCUCGUCAAGUGGCGCAGGGAACAGGAACGAUAUAGGCAUAUCGAUGAGAAGGUGGGGUUCGGGGGUCUGUGACCGAAGGAAGACUGGAGAACAAUCAAUCGAGACCUAGACACUUGUUGGGAAACUCUUCAAUAUUUUGGUUUCGCACUAGUUCCAUGGGUUUUACGUAACCUCUCAUAAAUAUACGGUGUCGAUGACCUAUACUCUAUUCAU